GUCACGUGACCGUGCAGCCCGCGAACAUGGCGACCACCGUUGACAGCUCCGUGAGGAGAAGACGUGUGGACAGCAGGAAGACUGAGACAGAGCGUGCAGACAGCAGGGAAGAACAUGGAGAGGACAACAGCGAGGACACGGGGAAAGACAAGAAGACACCUGAGUCUGUCCAGGCGGGGACAUACUGGCUCACUCGUAUCGUGCUGCUGCGCUCCGUCGCCUUUAUUUACUUUGUGGCGUUCAGCGUCGCUUACAACCAGAACAAGCAGCUGAUUGGCGAGCGCGGCCUGAUGCCCUGCAAGAACUACCUGAACAGUGUGAAGCGGUAUGUAGGAGGGAAGAUCGGCAUGGCCGCCUUCACAUACACACCCUCCAUCCUCUGGCUGCUGGACUGGAGCGACAUGGACGCCAACCUGGAUGGUCUCGCCCUGGUGGGGAUGGGGCUGUCUGCAUUCGUCCUGGUGAUGGGAAUGGCCAACAUGGUGAUCAUGUUCACUCUGUGGGUGAUCUACCACUCGCUGGUCAACGUGGGACAGCUGUGGUACUCCUUUGGUUGGGAGAGUCAGCUGUUGGAGACGGGCUUCCUGGCCAUUUUCCUGUGUCCGGCGUGGACUCUGUCCCAGGUUCCCCGCCGAUGUCCCCCGUCCCUCGUCUCUAUCUGGACCUUUAGAUGGCUCAUUGUUCGCAUCAUGCUGGGAGCUGGUCUCAUUAAAAUCAGAGGCGACAAAUGCUGGAGAGACCUCACCUGCAUGGACUACCACUAUGAGACCCAGCCAGUUCCUAACCCCAUGUCCUACUACAUGCAUCGCUCUCCGUGGUGGUUUCAUCGCUUCGAGACGUUGUCCAACCACCUCAUAGAGCUCAUCUUCCCGUUCUUCACCUUCUUAGGCAGACGGAUGUGCAUCGUCAAUGGAGCAGUCCAGAUCCUCUUCCAGGUGGUCCUGAUAGUAAGUGGGAACCUCAGUUUCCUAAACUGGCUGACCAUUGUUCCCAGUCUGGCCUGUUUUGAUGACGCUUCACUGGCCUUCCUGUUUCACUCUAGAGGUGGAGCUAAGAAGGCAGUGCUCGAGAUACAGAGUGAGGAUGCUGCUGGACGCACCCCCAAACCCACCAAAGGUAUGUUGAUCCGUCGGGUGGUGAACAUUUCUUUGGGCGUUCUGAUUGGCUGCCUGAGCGUUCCCGUGGUGAUGAACCUGAUCAGUUCCAAACAGGUGAUGAACACGUCCUUCGACCCGCUGCGCAUCGUCAACACCUAUGGGGCCUUUGGCAGCAUUACCAAGGAGCGUACCGAGGUGAUUUUCCAGGGCACUCUGAGCCAGGAUCCCAAGGACCCAGAGGCCCUUUGGGAGGAGUACCAGUUCUUGUGUAAGCCGGGGGAUGUUUACCGACGGCCGUGCCUCAUAUCACCGUACCACUACCGGCUGGACUGGCUCAUGUGGUUUGCUGCCUUCCAGACCUACGAGCAGAGUGAGUGGGUGAUCCACAUCGCAGGACGUCUGCUGUCCAACGACACCACGGUCCUCUCACUGCUGCACCACAACCCCUUCCAGGACAGACCAGCCCCCAGGUGGGUCCGAGGGGAACACUUCAGGUAUAAGUUCAGCCAGCCGGGCAGCAGCAGCGCUGCCGAGGGGAAGUGGUGGCUGAGGAAACGCAUCGGAGCCUACUUCCCUCCUCUGGACCUGGAGGGACUCAGGGGCUACUUCCAGUCCAGGAGCUGGCCCCACCCACUCCUCCAGAGGAGCAGGAGCUGAAGCAGGAGGUCAGACUGCAGCAGCCAGAGGAGAUCACAGGAGUUAAAAGGACCAAUGAAACCUUCAGGCUUUUCAGAUUGUUUCAUGGAGAACUGCUUGUUAAAUGUGAAAACAAACAUUGUGAUAUUGACGGCCCUUUGUAUAAAAACAACCUCAGUGAGUGUAUUGAGUAUGAAUUUCAACAUUAAAAUGGUUUUGAUAAAAUAUUAUUUUCCUUCUGUUUUUUUUUUUUUUUCAGAUUAAGGAAUGUCAUUUUUUGACAGACGGAAUGUUUUGGACAACGUGUUGUAGCUGAGUCAAACAAUUAUAAAAAUAUGAAUAUUAUUAUUAUUUAUUUUUGUGUUUAUAAGCCUUAAAAACACAUACAUGCAAAAACUUCAACUUAUGACAACGCAGUAAUGUGCUGCCCACUGCUCCAACAAACAU